CAUUGAAUCAGGCUAUCACACACAGACAGACCCUGACAAAGUGACAAACAAACCAGCAAACUACUCCCUAUCAAAUUCAAAUUGUAGUUCCUCCAGACAGAAAUCAAACAAAUAUCCACUGCAAUUUCAUCUCCCCAGAAAAUGGCUUCAAUCAAGCCAUAUUCACGCUAUGCCAACGUCAACUCCUCAUUUGAAUCCCGAUCCUCGUCAAGAUCCGACCCGUCUUCUUCGGCGGAGAUCGCUCCGAAAUCCCAAGUCCCGCUACGCUCCAACUCACGCGAUGCUUCACGCGCCGUCAUCCCCUCCAAGACCGUGAGCAAGGGCCAUGUCAAUUUCAGCUCAAUGGUAAAGAAGCUAGUGGAUCACAGUUCGACCUCGGGUAUGUCGAAGAAGAAGGGGGACUACAAACUCGCCAUACCGGCCGAUUUCAUAGCCGAGGAUUUGAAGAAUACGGCGAGGAAAGGGACCGGUUUGGGAUCUCUGCAUAAGAAGUUGUUCAAGGGAUCUUCGAAGAAAACGGCAGGCGUUGAACAGAAGGCGCUCACUGAGGUCAAAGCGAAUACGAGAACAUUGGCGAUGGUGCUAAGGAGUGAGAGGGAGCUAUUGAGUAUGAACAGGGAGCAGGAGAACCAAAUUGCCGAACUCAAUUUGUUGCUUGAGGAGAAAAACAAAGAAGUUGAGAAGUUGAAGGAUUUGUGCUUGAAGCAAAGGGAAGAGAUGAAGUCAUUGAAGAGUAGCAUUCUUUUCCCAGAUGCUAUGAAUUCAAAAAUGCAAGAAGUUAUGGAGAAUCAGGCUACAGAACUUAGACAGGCUAGGCAAAUCAUACCUAAUCUACAAAGGCAGGUCACAUCUCUUACCGACAAACUCCAAUACCUUGCCGAAGAUCUUGCCGAGGUCAAGGCAGAUAAGCACUCAAUGAGAGAGCUCUAUGAUAGUUGUUUUAGCUCUCCACAGACACCUGAAUGUAAUUAUGUAGAGGCAACACAUUCUCAGGAUUUCAGUUCUGAAGAUAAUGCAUCACCAUCAAGUCCUGACGAAAUGUUUCUCAAAGAUCUAAACCCAUGUUUAACACCUUAUUACAUCAAGUCAAAGUCCAAGGAAUUUGAGACACUCGAUGUCACACAUGAUCAAGACUCUCAGCAUAGAAAUAACGCUGAAGGGUACCGGGAGAUGAGUUUCAGUCCUCGUGCAAGGAAUGUGUCAACAAGCUCAGAUUGUUGCCAUUGUUCCAAGUCAGCAAGUGGAGUUGCUAGCAGAUCCAGUGAGAGUAAACGUACACAUAUAAAGAAGCUGCACCAUAAUUUCUCCUAGUUCUAUUUUUUUGGGAUCUUCCUGCCUUUUUAUGUGUACUACAUGACUGGACGAUGUACCAUUUUCUUCUUGGGGAGGAUAACUGAUAAUGAGAAAUUACUUAUGGGGCUGCAAUUGAGGGAUUAUUCAGGGCUUUAGUGUUUAAAUUUGACAUUAUGUUGCACAUUUUCUACGCUAGUACUCAUACUACUUCCGCUGUCA